ACAAAUAUCGCACGCAUGCCACAAAACAAGUAAAUCUCGCUAUUUGAAGCAACCUCCAUGAAAUAUAUCUUUCCUUUUCAUUGGACACAAUGCUGAGCAAAACCGCAAUCACUGAUUUCCUAUGUGCUUCCAUACUCUUAUGCAGGUCCCUACCAUGAUCACGACUUUCUAGCAAAGUUGAGAUGGACUCACCUUUUUUACAUGACCAUUAUCUCAAAUCGUCAUUCCCAUCGAUAAAUUUGACGAACUCACCACGGUCUCUCAUUCACAAACCCAUAAUUUGUUUUCGUUUUCUAUCUGGGAAUAGGCCUAGCAAUGUCAACCUCUUUGAGUUAUACACUGGCCUUGGUUAUAGCCUUAUAUUGUUUUCAGUAUACACUACUAGUAGCAGCAGCUGAAAGUUCUGUCAUAGCCGAAGAUGACAAUGUUAUUGUUUUUCUAACAAGAGCAGAAGACGUAAUUGGGGAUGAAUAUGAAAGGCCUGUGAUUGGUAUAGUUUCCCAUCCUGGAGAUGGUGCAAGUGGGAGGCUUAGUAAUGCUACCAAUGUUUCUUACAUUGCAGCCUCUUAUGUUAAAUUUGUGGAAUCUGGAGGUGCUCGUGUUAUUCCCCUAAUAUUCAAUGAGCCAGAAGAUAUCCUGGAACAGAAAUUCAAACUUAUUAAUGGUCUUCUUUUUACGGGAGGAUGGUGUAAAACUGGUCUAUAUUAUCAAAUUGUUGAAAAGCUCUUCAAGCUAGCACUAGAGGAGAAUGACAAUGGAGAUUACUUUCCUGUAUUUGGAGUUUGUUUGGGCUUUGAGCUUAUUAGCAUGAUCCUUAGCAAGGAUCAAAAUAUUCUUGAAAGGUUUAAUGCAACAAAGAUGCCAUCAACUGUACAAUUUGUUGGGAAUCCAACAAAGGAAAGCGAUAUGUUCAAGCGGUUUUCUCCAAAAUUGCUUAACAAGCUAACAACAAAAAGGCUUAUUAUGCAAAAUCACAUGUUUGGAUUGUCACCCGAGCGAAUUCAAGGAAACACUGAACUAGCAAGGUUCUUCAAAAUACUUACAACCAGCACAGAUGAAAGUGGCAAGACCUAUGUCUCAACAGUGCAAGGCUACAACUAUCCUGUUACAGGAUUCCAAUGGCACCCAGAGAAGAAUGCGUUUGAGUGGGGAAUGGCGACAAUCCCACACUCUGAAGAUGCUGUUCGAGUAACUCAAAAUGUCGCAAGCUUUUUUAUCAGUGAGGCUCGAAAGUCAAGCCGAAGGCGAAGCGAAAAAGAAGUACUAGCUGAACUUAUUUACAAUUAUAGCCCCACCUAUUGUGGAUAUGCAGGGAAGGGAUAUGAUGAAGUCUACCUCUUCUUGGAACCUUCAGGUUUACCUUAAUAAAGUCAUCUUAGUAACUUGUUUAUUGUUGUUAUAAACUAACUAGUUAUCUUCUUAUAAGAUAACAAUUCAGGAAUUUAUAUUUUAAAGACUAUAAAAGUGAUAAUGUAAUACAUUUUUGAACGAACUCAAUAAUAUAACUAGCACUUGCACCAAAUAAAGGUGCAAUGGUUAUGCGGAUAGAAAGGUAUAGUUUGGUUGAUAUAUCGGAACAAGAGAAGUUUGAAUGAAAAUGGAAAGCCAAAAUGGAACCUUUGGAGUAAUUAUAUAUGAUAAAAGUCAAUUGAUCUUGAAA